UUAAGUUCAAAGUGCCUUUAUUUUAUUUUAACGCACUUUUAUAUUCAAUUAUUUUAAAUAGUAUUAAUUGCUAUUAAUUGGUAUGCAUGAAUAAAGCAGUUAUUGAUUUAAAAAAAAUAUAUAAUAUAUAAUUGUGAAAUUUUUUACGGCUAUUAAAUUACACUUAUUUUGCAUAUCUAAUAAUAUUUUUCACAGUGUUAACCUAGUGUUUUUACAUAACAGAAACCUAGUUAUCAUGAGGGUUUAUCUUUUAAAAACAAUAGCGAAUUCGUUCGCCCGAAGAUGUUACUCUACUGCAAAUUACAGAAAAGUCACUCAUUGCAUAUUCGAUAUGGAUGGAUUACUUUUAGAUACAGAACAAGUGUAUGAGAAAAUGAUUACUCAGUUAUGUGCCAAAUAUGGUCAUAAGUAUACCAAUGAACUAAUGAUGAAAGUGCUCGGUGGAACUGAGCAGCGUCUAUCUGAAAUCCUUUGCAAGGAGCUGAAUCUUCCAAUCUCUCCAAAGGAAUUCAGAGAUCAGCUACUUGUUCUUGGUGAUACAAUGCUGGCAAACACACCACUCUUAGAUGGUGCUGAAAGAUUAAUCCGACAUUUGCAUAAAACUCGGGUUCCCUUCGCACUGGCUACCUCAUCCAGCGAGAGAUCAGUACGCACAAAGAUAGCUCACCACGAGGAGCUUUUCAAAUACUUCCACCACAUGGUGAUGGGAAGUAGCGAUAAAGAAGUCAAGUUUGGAAAGCCGAAUCCUGACAUAUUUUUGGUGGCAGCCGCUCGGUUUCCUGAUAAGCCUGAUCCUUCAAAGUGCCUGGUCUUUGAAGAUUCACCUCAUGGAGUCACAGCAGGAAUAUCAGCUGGCAUGCAGGUCGUCAUGGUGCCUGACCCCCAUCUAGACAAGAGACUGACAACGCACGCCACAAUAGUAUUGCCAACUUUAGCUAAAUUUCAGCCCGAAAUAUUUGGGUUGCCAGCCUUUCAGUGAUAUUAGAGUAAGUUUUAAUGUUUUACAUAUGAAUAUACUCAUCGUCAAAUAUAAAUGCGCUUCUGAAGUUUGUCUAGACAUGUAAUAAUUUAAAUAAUAGAAUGUCAGUGUUUUAGAGACAAAGCAAUAAACUGUAUUGUGACUAUUUUGUGUUAUUAUGGCACACGCACGAAAGGAAAAAUUAUGUUACUUCUUUUAUGUAUUUUCCUUUUUUUUGUAUAUGUAUUCCUUUAUCUUUUUUUGUAUAUGUAUUCUCUUUUAUCUUUUUUGUAUAUGUAUUCUUUUAUCUUUUUUUGUAUAUGUAUCCUUUUAUCUCUUUUUUUGUUGUAAAUGUAUUCUUUUAUUUCAUUUUUGUGUAUGUCUAUCUAUGUCUUCUUAUGUUCUUAUUUGUGUGUUGUAAGUAAUGCAAAUAAAUUAUAUAUCUAUCUAUCUAUGUAGAAAUAAAUAAAAAUAUACAAAGUUUUAAAUUUUAUUAUUUAGAGGUGGUAAAAUGUUAAAAUAGGACGACUAGAAAACAUAUUUUAAUGUAACAACUACUGGUAUAACUUAUGUUUAGUUAGAUUGAGAAAGCUCGACUUGUUUUGGGAUCAAUUCGUGAUCCUUAUUCAUUAGUAGUAGUUAUUACAUUAAAAUUUAAUGUGUGCUUACUAGAUCUAAAAAUAUAUUUAUAAAUAUAAACCUGAACAAUAUGAAUAUACUAAAUAUUAAAAGUCAUGGACCUAAAUAAAAAGUAGGUACUUGUUCAUUGUUAACACCUAUUUACUUGUAGCAUUAUAAUAUACAUAUUGUUUUAAUGUAAUUAUUAAUUUAUAGGGACUUCAAAGUAAAAACAAACACCUUCGAGGCUGACUUAUUACCACAAACUUUAGAGGCGCAUUUUUUGUACAAUUUAUAGAGUAGUGUUAAACACUGUUCUUACAAAGAGUGUGAUAUUUGAAUCAUAGAAAUUAAGAAAAUAUAAAUUAAAUAAUAAAGAAAAGUGGUCAUCAAAUAUAAGUAAUUUUUAUAAUCACUUGUGAAACAUUUGUAACAAUUUUAUUGUCAACAUUUUAUAUUUAAUUUAAUUUUGUGUUUAUUCCAUUUGUCAUACAUAUUGGCACCAUUGAUAAAUGUAGACGUACAGGAGCCACGAUGGCUCUAGUAACCUCAAAUGCUUAACCCUUAAAAGCAUGAUUUUUAUAAUCAAAUUAAAAAAUAUAUAAGUGUAUCCUUUACUGUGUUUACUAAUGAGGAAAAAUAGUAAAAAAGUCAAAACGAUAUUUUUAUAUAUUUAUUUUGAAAAAAAAAACAUUUGGUAUAAUUUUUGAUACUUUAGGCAUUACGGUAAUCAAAAUAUUUAAAUUUAUUUAACAACGAAACAAUGCAAACUCCGGUAUCAAAUUUGAAACUUCAGGCAUUUAAGGGUUAAAAUCAUAUGUAAACUGUAGUCGGAGUGGUCAAACAGUUUUCUAGAUACUCGUCAAUGACUAUUUCGACACAGUGGGGUUGAUUCUGACAUGCCAUUCCUUUAAACUUAACUUUAAAAUUAAAAUUUUAAUUUAGUAUUACCAGUGGCGUAGCUAGGCAACCAAAGGCCCUUGGGCAAAAAAUACACCACCCUUCUUAGGGUGUUGUAUGGUAUUGUAUUCUUAUACAGGGGAGUUCCCCGCAAGUUUCAAACAAAGAUGUUCGAGACUUGUUGGAAAUCCCCCUGUAUUUUUUUUAAAUAAGUUGCCAUUAUUAAAGUCAUAUUCCUGGAAUCUGGUUUUUUAUACUCCAUAGAAUGUUGGACAAAUUUUCACUAGUUCAAUUAAUAGUUUUUAAUCAGAGUCUGAGGAGGUCCCUGAGUUUGGGGGCUCAGAGACACUACCCCGUCUAGCCCUCCGGUAGUUACGUCACUGGAUAUCACAGCAAAAUUUUUAUUUAAGGAACAAUAUGGACUAAUUUUCUUAUUAUAAUUUUAGUAUAUGAUGGUAUAUAAAACAGUCGUCGUAUCAGCCAUUAACUGUCCACUGCCGAACAUAGGCGUUUCCUCUUAUGGGACGCCUAUGUUCAACCUGCCAAGCGUGGCAGGCGGGUUGGCAACCGCAGUUGGGACAUAAAACAGUAGUUUUGCGAAAUAUUGAUUUAAAAUAUUAGUUUAAGAGAUAGGUUUAACGGACGGAUAUAUAUAUAUAUAUAUAUAUAUAUAUAUAUAUAUAAGAUAUAUGUUCUUUGAAACAUGCUGUUUUGCUACGCCGUCUGUUAAAACAAAAUAGCGUUUGCCAUCGGCCUAAUUAAGAUUAUUUUGGAACCUGACGCCUGCCCCUCUAGAUAUUGGGCACAAGAGUCCAUCAAUGGAGUUGUCAUUGCAAGUAACUCUCGAGUUGAAAUGAGACGUCGGAUAUUACUAUCUCGUUCUGUCUCAUGAACUCGAUACAGAUUACGAUUCCUUCAAUGGAUUCGCUUCUUGCCACUUGUCUAAAGGGUCUGGCCUGGCUUGUUUGUAAAGCAACAUUUUUAAGCAAAAGCUUAGUUCGAAGGUUCGCUAACAUCUUAAGAUGGACACCAGACAGUUCUAUGCUCUUAAAUACAAAAUAAUACUGCGUUCGCGAAAUAUUGUUUGCUAAAAUAUACAAUAAUUGAAUAAUAAAAGCAUGAUUAAUGCCAACGCUUUAGCGUUAAGACACGUCACUUUUAAGUGACGUGUCUUGUUAAGGCAUCUGUCUUUUGUUUUGUACUUAGUACCCUUUAUUUUAUUGUUUUAUUUAUGACAUCUCUACUUACUAACUUAGAAUACAUAGUAUAGAAUGUUUACUAACUACUCUUGUAAGUUUUUUAAUGGAUGAAAACGGAAUAGCACCUUGGUUUACGCUGGCGUUUUCGUGUGAAAUGAUUGCAUGGAAGUAGUUUAUCUAUUUUUAAGUAUUCCGAAGAUUUACAUAUUAUUACAAUUAUUGACUUUGUAAUAUUAUGGAUCGUUUAUCAUCAGAUGGCCUGUAUGCUUGUUUGCUACCUUUAUGGUAUAAAAAAAAAAUAUUGUCGAGUGAAUUGUGAGGUAGUGUGCAGCGAUUUUGCUUAAUUUGAUCAUGUUCAAACAAAAAUCCCCUAAGUCAUUGAUUUUAGGAAUUUAUUUAAAUGAAUAAUAACAUCAACAUAGGCGACGUGCCUAAAUAAAUUUGAUCUGAUCUGAAUCACAAAUAUUUUAAUAAAGUGCUAAAAUAUAAGACAGUCGUUCCUGAACCAUUACUGGUGUUGUAAAUUCACCCGCAUAGGUGUAAUCUGAGGGCCUACCAUGAAAUGUUUUCCGAAAUUUCGGAGCCGAACGAAACACAAAUUUGAUGUUAAAAUUACAUAAAAAUAUUAAAUUAAUAUUCUUUUGGACUUUUAUGGUAGGAUUUAUGACAAACAAAAUGUUAAGCUGCAUUUACUGGGCUAAUUUAGGUAAUUAAUAAAAACACGAAAUUGAGUCCGAAACUUCGGAAUUUCAUUUCAUGGUAGGCCCCCUGUUCCGUAGGGGUCAAGUAUUGCACAAAGUAAGUUGGGAGGAAGGGAGGUCUUGUAUGAGUUACAGGAGGGGGGGGGGGUGCGGGUCGAAUAAAGCGUUACGUAACAUUUUUUUUAUUUAAAUAAAAAAAACUAAAGUACGUAUUAGUACAUCAAAUUUAUUUUAUUUUCUUUGUCAGUAUUCGUUAGUGUUGUCAUGUUUUAGACUUUUAGGUAAGUAUUCACUUGGGUGUUACGUAAGGUUUAAGGAGGAGCAGUGAGGAAGGGGGGGGGGGGGGGGGUGUUCAGAAAAAUGUUACGGUGUGUUACAUGGGGAUAGGGAGGAGAAUCAAAAACCUUGCAUAAACUGCAUUACUGAGUACUUGAACGUCCCCUUAUAUUUUAGGAAAAUAAGGCUCGAAUAGAUAACGAGAUCUCUGGCGUGUUUAGAUUAAGUACAGAAUUGGUAUAGAUUGUUAUAGAUGGUGGUGUAAUUUUCGGUGUUCUAAUUAUGACAACUUGUUAUUUUAUUUUUAAUAUAGGUAAAGGGCUAGUGUUGCCCAUUAUGCCACUAAUAAACAGGAAACGAGACGGGAUAUUAAAAAAGAACAGUAAAGAUUUUGGUAUUAGUGAUAAUUUGUCAUUUAUUACAAUGUUAUUACAGAAAACAUGUAAAUAUCGGCAAUUACUGUUGCUAGCUAAGCGCUUCCAUUAUGAGGUAUCUAAUUUUAAUUCUUAAAAAUAUUAUCAUUAAAGUUUUAAUUUCGACCGUUCUUUAAAAUUUUCUUUAUCAUUAUUAUGCGAUGCCAUCGCCGAUAUUGAAACGAUUUUGAGGAGUCUUUUUUGUUAUAAAAUGACACAUCUGCAUACUCAUUGUCAGUUUAGGUCUGUCAAGUACGACUUAAAUAACAAAAAACAAUAAAGUCGAGCCUUAAUAGUAAUAUAAAUGCAAAUAUUUUAUAUUUACCAUUGUAUUUCUAUAGAACUGUUUUAAUUGUUUACAAAUUUGUUAGUUUAUAGUAUGUUUAAAAGUAAUAAAUUAUUUAUUUGUCUA